AAAAACACGUCAAUCGCCGUCAGAACUCCUGAACACAAAAUCCAUAACCGAAUGGCCAGACGUAUGAUGUUUAUCGUGAUGACCGACUUCUGGUGUUGGAUGCCUAUCAUCCUAUUAGGCAUCAUCUCUUUCUAUGGCGUCAAAAUACCACCACAGGCCUUCGCGUGGGUGGCUGUGUUUGUAUUGCCCCUCAACGCUGCCAUUAAUCCCACGUUAUAUACGCUGUCAACUCUGGUCUACCGAAAAAAGUCAAGUAAUCCUCACACCGUCUCAUUGAACAGGAGUUUUAAGGCUCGCAAUCAUAAUAACUAUAAUCAUAAUAACAGCCCUCCGAAGAAUAAUAAUAACUUUAAGACUAGUUUUAUA